GGUCGAAGCACCCAAUAAUAUAGAUAUAUGUGGUCAUACCUGCCACUGUAGAUACAUAUUCAUAAAAAGUUUCUUUUUGUUCGUGCACUUAAACCUUAUACUUAUGCUCUGUUAUCUUAAUAAAGUAUGCGUUUGUAAGCACAAGAUAUAGCAUAGCAGUGACGUCAUUAAUGUUCUUGCAAGCAUUCUAACGUAAAUGCAUCCAUUGUGAACAGGAUAAAAUGAUAACAACGCCACCUUUAUCCAAUGUGCAUGGCAAUGGCGGAUUCAAUGUUUAUCAUGUAUUUUAUACUAUCACUGACAUUUAAAUUAUGUCUAGGAGAAAAGGAGAGGUUUACUUUAUCGGAACAUGACUUUUCUCUUGAAAGCGAAGAACCACAAAAACCCAUAAAUAUUAUCGAUCUUAAUGAGAAUUCAUCUGGAUACCAACGUUUCAAAUGUCAUAUUUGUGAAGGACCUGACUGCUUAUAUACUGACAUCUGUUACAAUGCAGUUACUUGUUGGAAAUCUAAGGUGAGACAAUCUGAUGGUACGGAAAGUGUAAGUAGAGGAUGUACUUCAUCGAUAGAUCAGAUGCUACUAAUAUGCAACAAACAACAACCGCAACAUACCAAUCAAAAUGGUAGUACUAAGAAGAGACAUGUUACUGGAUCCUUAAGUGGUGUGCAAUAUUAUGUUGAGUGUUGUCAGACAGAUUUUUGUAAUGGUGGACCGUUUCCUGUAUUACAAGGUUAUAAUGGUGAUGCCGUUGAAGAGGAUUAUGCAAUUAAAUUAAUUUUGACAAUUUUGGGUCCAAUGGUUGGAUUUUGUAUUAUUGCUGGAGGAGUGUUAUUUUAUUUAUUAGCAUGCAGAACACAUAAAAAGCGACCAUUGACUGCAAGGCAUAGUAAGCUUGUUAUAGACUCGGAAAUGGAACCAUCUAUUCUACAUUUCUCAUUCUCUUCUCCAACAUUUACUACUACAUAUCCUCAUGAACUCAGAGCAACUGCAGCUGGUGAUAGCACAUUAAAGGAAUACUUGGAUGGAAGGAGUUUAACCAGUGGUUCUGGUUCUGGUUUACCAUUAUUAGUACAAAGAACAUUGGCUAAACAAGUAGCUUUAGUAGAAUGCCUUGGUAGUGGAAGCAAUGGCGGAUUUGGCGGAGAAGUCUGGAGAGGAAUAUGGCAUGGAGAAAAUGUUGCUGUAAAAAUAUAUUUUUCCCGAGAUGAAGCAGCUUGGGCUCGUGAAACGGAAGUCUAUUCUCAGUUGUUGCCAUCGAGACAUGACAAUAUUCUUGGCUACGUUGGAAGUGAUAUGACGAGUAGAGCGAGCUGCACUCAACUUUGGCUGGUAAUGCAUUAUCAUCCAAUGGGUUCGCUUUACGAUUAUCUAAAUCGAUCUCCACAUUCCUUGAUGCAUCAACAAAUGCUCAAUAUAUGUUUGAGUAUCGUCAACGGUUUGCUUUAUCUACACACGGAAAUUCAUGGAACCAGAGGGAAACCAGCUAUGGCACAUCGUAAUCUAAAGUCUAAAAAUAUUCUCGUUAAAACUAAUGGUGGUUGUGUCAUUGCUGACUUUGCAUUGGCGGUAACACAAGAUCGCUUGUCUACAGAUAGAAUUGAUUUGAAACAAGGUACAAAACGUUACAUGAGUCCAGAGAUCCUCGAACAAACGAUAAAUAUAGAAUGUUUAGAAAACUUCAGACGAGCAGAUAUUUAUAGUCUGGGUUUAAUACUUUGGGAAGUUUGUCGAAGAUGCAUAAGUAAUGGUGUUGCACUUGAAUACAUGGCACCAUAUUCUGAAUGGCUUUCUAGCAAUCAAGAACCGUCCAUUGAUGAAAUGCGAAAAUUAGUAUGUUUGGAUCAUCAUAGACCACCACUUCCUAAUAGGUGGCAUUCUGAUUCUACGUUGGCUGGUUUGGGAAAAUUAAUGAAAGAAUGUUGGCAUGGGAAGUCUGCAGCACGUCUACCUGUUCUUCGAGUGAAGAAAACACUUGUUAAAUUAGCAGCUAACGAUACACGUGUUCAUUUACCCCUUGAUUAAGUAACAUGUACAGGAUUAUGUAUUAUUUUACGCACGUAUUUAUUAGUACCAACUAAAUAAGUUUUUUGGCGUGUUCUAGAUUUAUUUACUUUUGCGAAAAUAUUAUAAAAGUAUAUGAUACGUAGAAUAUUUUAUUAUUUUCAAUUGUAUGUUUAAAGUUUUCAACUUGUUUUAUAUAAUUGUAAUGUAUAUAUCUAUGGCUAACAUAAGACAUAAAGUGCCACUUGGUAAAUAAUCUAUUUAAAUAUAAUUAGAACAUCAUUUCAUAUUCAUACCAUUCAUUUUAGCGUCGAAAAUGACAUAACAAUACGCAUUCUUUAAAUUUUUAAAUGUCACCAAGUGCCACUUUGUAAAUGAUUCAUUUAUUAGGUGUACAAAUUAAUUCGGUACCUUAUUUCUUUUUUAUUCUAAAUUUAUUAAUAAAAUUACGAGUACAGAUUUUAUUAACUUUAUUUAUUUAUUUAACUUGAUUUAUUUAAUAAAAUAAUUCCCAUUAUUUUCAUAUCAACUGAAGAAAAGAGUUUAUCAGUUAAAUGAUAUUGACGCAACCGGAAUUACCGGAAAGCGAUAAUCUAUUUACAGAAUUUUCCAGAUCAAUGAAUGGACCACAUUCUUGAUUUCUUUUGAGGCACGUGGUCUCAUUAAAUUCGCCUUCCUUGUUGCACUACCAAUAUGAGGUGUCUUCUGCUCCAAUACAUCACUCAGACGCACAAGUUAUUGUUGAUAGUAGUCUCAAUAAUAGUCUGAUCAGUAUCUAGUAGUUUAUCUAGAGACGCAGUAGCGUCUCGACGCCAAGUACAUGAAAAAAUAGCCUCCCCGUAUAUGCCUGGCGCAGGCGCUACCGCGUAUCUUUUACUCGAGAAAACGCGAUUCCAACCUAAUCCGAAACUUCUGUCAUUAAUAUCUCGUCACGCCUGCUGUAUUUUCUAAAUCUGCAGACAUUUUUCUCAUGUAAAUCGCACAUAAGCUUUCGAAUAAAACCAAAAUCAAUAAAAUCGGUCCACGAACGACAGAGAUAUCGUAAUAUCAUAUCAUGAAUGUGUCAAAAACUGCAGCAUUUUUCUUUUCCUUUGACAAGGAAUUUUUCGUCAACACUUAGCCAAUAGGACCUAAGGCCGUUCGUCGAUUCGUCGACUCUCGGAAUCAGUCGGCAAGGCUCGUCGGUCGGAAUUGUAAUAUGGCUGUCACUCAUGCCGCUCGUUCAUUUCUAACCUGUAACUGUCAGUUUGGAUUUGUGACAUUUGAUUUCUUGCAACAAGACUUUCUGACAUUCAUUCUGCGUACUUUUGAAAACUCAAAGGACUGAAUCUGAUAUUGUAAUAUAAUAAAUUGUGCGUUAGAAAUAGUGGACCUCUUUUUCCAUUUCAUACUUCAUUUUUAACAUUUAAGUUUGUUACAACAAGACUUUCUGCCAUGCGUUAUGUGUGCUUUUGAAAACUUAAGAGACUGAAUCUGGUACUGUAAUAUAAUAAAUUGUGCGUUAUUCAUAUGACAUUAAUUUUAUUUGUAAAUAACACAUACAAACCUUAUUUUACUUGCAAAUUAAUGUAGAGCUUAAGAUAAAAAUACAUUUGUCUUUUAUUAUAGUAAGCAUAGAGUCUACAAUAUACAUAAUGUGUCUAAAGCCAGAUAUAGGAAAGAGACCAGCUUCAGUCCAUUAAGUUUUCAAAAGUAUACAGAACGCAUGGGAGGAUGUCUCACUGCAAGAAAUUUAACUGUUAAAGAUGAAGCGAGAAAUGAAAAAAAAGAAAUCAACUAUUUGUAACACAUAAUUUAUUGUAUUAGAAUAAAGUUCAGAAGUACACAGAACGCGUGGCAGAAAGUCUUGUUGCAAAAUAUUCCAUUGUUAAAGAUAAAGCGAGAAAUGAAAAAAGAAAUUCUCUAUUUGUAACGCACAAUUUAUCGUAUUGCAAUAUCAGUUUCAGUCCUUAGAAUUUUCAAAAGUACACACAAUGCAUGACAGAAAGUCUUGUUGUAUUUAAAUGUUACUGAUAAAGUGAUUACAUUUUUUCUUUAAUAAAUUUCUUGCAAUGAGACUAUCUGCAAUGCGUCCCGCGUAUUUUUGAAACCUUAAAGGAUUCAAACUGAUCUCCCAUUUUCUAUUAUAUGAAGUCAUUCACUAUACAAAUUAUCUUUGUAAAAAGAACUGAAAUCACCAUACAAAAUUUCAAAAAAGUAAAAAAAUUACGCCAAGUACAUGAAAA